ACAAAUAAACGCCGAAUAAGACGCCAUUAUUGAAACACGUGACUUGCGGGUCUAUGAACGAAAUCGAGCAAUCAGUUUUGCGUAUUGCAGCACAGAGAAGUAAGCCAUGCAUUUUGGAUUAGUACAAUCAGUUUUAGUUACAAUUAUACAGCUUAUUUUUGAUGAAGUUUUAUCACAAGAUUUUGGAGGCGGAGUCGUCCCCCCAAUCAAUGAUGGUUUUGGCGGAAAUGGCGGAGGAAUACCAGUUGGGCCUACUUUUCCAGAUAUAACAAACCCUGACCAGGGAAGACCUGGCUUUUGCUAUUUACCUAGACUUCCCGGAAACUGCCGGGGCCGGUUCUUAAGUUAUUAUUAUGAUGGAGUUAGCAGAAGGUGUCGAGCAUUCUUCUAUUCUGGUUGCCAGGGAAACGAAAACAGAUUUCCAAGUAGACAAGAAUGCCAAAGCGUCUGUGGCAACGGGGGAGCGGGGGAUGAUGUCUGCACGCUUCCUGCAGUCACUGGACCAUGUAGAGCAACCAUGCGUCGAUUUUACUUCAACUCGGCUUCCAGACAGUGUGAACUUUUCCGAUAUGGUGGUUGCCAAGGCAACAGAAAUAACUUCCAAUCUUUGCAAGCAUGUCGGCGGAGAUGCGACGGGGACAGUGGAAUAUUUCCCCCAGGAAGCUCGUGUAACUUGCAGCAUGCGCAGUCUGGUAACUGUAUGGCCUUUUUCCCUUCUUGGACAUAUAAUCCGAUCACCAGACGAUGCCAGGAAUUUGUGUACGGUGGAUGUGGAGGAAACAGAAAUCGUUUUAACUCGUUAUUGGAAUGCCGCCGUGUCUGUGUCAAUGGUGGUGGUGGUGGUGGAGGCGGCGGUGGUGGUGGUGCAUCUGCGGUAUGCCGGAUGCCGGGAGAUUCUGGUCCAUGUCGGUCUUUCAUCCCGCGGUGGAGUUAUAGUAUGACCAACGGACAGUGCGAGCGGUUUAUAUAUGGAGGAUGUGGCGGGAACGGAAAUAACUUCAACACCAGAGCGCAGUGUGAGGCGCGCUGUUCCAAUGCUGGAGGAGGGCUCGGAAACCAGAUUUGCCUUUUACCGGAAGAUACGGGGCCGUGCAGGGCAAGCAUACCGAGGUGGCACUUUAACUCCAGAUUGAGGAGAUGUGAGAGGUUUUUGUUUGGUGGUUGUCAAGGCAACGAAAACAAUUUCGAAACAUGGGGCCAGUGUCAACGUGUCUGUGGCUUAAGAGCGGGAUAGAUGACGGACAUCUCAUGGGCACGUGUCGUUUUAGGACACGUGGAUUAUUCAGAACUGAGAGCGCGUGAUACAUGUACUUUAAGGAUUCAUUUUAACUUAAUAGGCUUUUUUAAACUUGUUUAAAUGAUUGACUAUGUAGUGAAAUAAAAUGUUCUUUUGUUUUGUUUUUCUUUUUUAACAGUAGAUCGAAUUUAUUUUCAAUCAAUAGAAAUAAACAAAUUCUUUUAUUU